CUUUUGACUCAUGAGCUACAACAUUACAAAAAGGAAAUAAAAGAGGAGGUCCAUACCAUGUUUGAUUGCAAUCAAAUACCCCACCCUUCUUUUUGUGAACCACAUGCUCUCUUAGCAUGAUUGAGGCCUUCCUAAUACAUUUUCCCUACACCCCAUUCGAACUCCCAAGAUAAGAGAGAAAGAGGGAGCCACAUAUUCCAAGAGAGAAGAGAAGAGAGAAGCUGGCCGCAGGAUUCGUUUUCCAGCAGAUAGGGUCUCUUGUUUGAUCCAUAACUUGAGCUUCACUCGUCCAAAUAAGGCGUAUGAUAUACCAAAAGAAAGCUCUCAAGACGAGGAAUCUGUGAAGGCCUGGUUUGCAGGAAUCGGAGUUGUGGAAGGCUUCCAAAUCGUCCGAGAAAAACGCAACCUCGCAGGAGAGGAUUUAAUCUUCUAAAGAAUCGAGUUAGCCGGAAAACACCCGUUCUAGGGGCUGUUUUCGUAUCAACGAUUAAGGGUUGAACUAGCACUUUGAGGAGGCUGUUUAACACUCAUAUUUGAGCAAGGAAUCAGUCCCAAAUCCACCUUGACCAAAGAUUUGACCGUUGGACCAAGAAGGGAAAGUUUAAAGCUCAAUUGAGGUUGAGGCUAGAGCUUGCUUCCUGUGCUCGUUGCUCGAGAGAUCAUAUAGGAGGGAAGACUUGAAAUGGACCGUGGUGGCAGGAUUACUAGGAGAAACCCGACCGGCCGUGUACCAGAGGAGACUGGACAGGGCAGUCGAAGGACCUCUAGGGCAUCUAGAGGAGCUGGCCGUGGAGGCCGAUCACAGACCGUGAGUGACGGUCAUGUCGACACAGAAAGUGAAACCUACUGGUCCUAUGAGGACUCGACUUACCAACCGGGGACCGAGCCGGUUGAGACCCCUUACGAAGGGGAUGACGAUGAUGUGAGCGAUGAAGAGGGGGAGAAUGACUCCCUAGCAAGAAUAGAGGCGUUGCUCCAACAAUAUCACCGUGAGCGUGAAGAGAGGAGGGAACGCCGAAGGCGCCGGGCUGGGCAACCUUCGGGCAUGGCUUCACGAGGAGGAAGUCAUGGUGCAUCUAGAGUCCAUGUGGAACCACGUGGAGGCCAAAAUGAUGGAGGUCCAACCAUAAGGAUCUCCAAGUACAUCAAAGAAGCAAGAGAUUUGGGGUGCAAACCCUUUGAUGGAGCAGGGGACAUUUCAGUGGCAGCACAAUGGAUCAAGAGGCUAAAUGAAGCGGCCCUUGACAUGCAAAUCGCGCCGAAUCUCAAACUGAGAAUUGCGGUAAGAUUGCUCGAGGGGAUGGCAUCCAAGUGGUGGGAUGGAACCAAGAACAAGUACGGUGAGACCGUCGUUUGGGAGGACUUCCAACGGGAGUUCUUUGCCCAAUACUAUUCUGAUUUCGAGGUGAAUAAGAAGGUGAGGGAAUACACCCUCCUAACCCAAGGGGGUAACAUGUCAGUGAAGGAGCUGGAGUACAAGUUCCGGGAUCUCGCCGACUACAUACCGGAGUAUGCUUGUGACGAGAACCGCAUGGUGAACCACUUUUGGGACGCUCUUGACUUGGAGAUACGUGAUAGGGCAACGCAAUUGCCUAAUAUGACUUUCGCCCAAGUGGUUGAACAAGCAUUGAAAGGGGAGAAGCAGUGGGAGGAACGGAAGAAGAGAGACGCCGAAGAGGCGAAGAAGAGAAAAUGGGAGAGUCAUGGCUCCCAAGGUUCCAACAAAAGGGGGAACCACGGAGGAGGAUCUUUCCGGGCACCACCGCCACCAUCAAGGGGGAACCAAGGCCCAAGUGGGCAAGGCUCGAGGUCACAGACCUCAGUGGUAACUCGUUGCAACAAUUGCAAGAGGAACCAUUCCGGUAAAUGUCGCGACCCCCCUAGAUGUUUCCAAUGUGGGGAUGCCGGGCAUUUGAAGGCACAUUGCCCACAACUGGGCGGGGCAAGGACAUCGGGACCAAGUAGUGGCCCGACGGGUACACGGAAUCAGACCGGGGCUUCUCAAGCAAGCAGGGGGCAAGGGGGAGCAAGUGAGAGCAACGCGCCAUCCGUGAACCAAGGGAGGACCCAGGCUAGGGUCUAUGCGAUGAUGGAGGCGGAUGCUCAAGCUAACCCGGACUCCGUCGCAGGUUGAGGCUAGAGCUUGCUUCCUGUGCUCGUUGCUCGAGAGAUCAUAUAGGAGGGAAGACUUGGUUCGUGCUUCCUCCAUUCUAUUUUUAAACCUUCCUAAACGUGCUCAUGGAUAUUUUACUAUGGAGCCUGCGUGCUCAUGAAAUGCCUUGUGUGGCCUUUUGUUUUAAACAAUGUUUCCGCUGCGUUAUGAAUUACUUAUUAUGUUUGUUUAUGGAUGUGUAUGUGUGAAUGAUACUCGAGACGCCUUGUAUAAUAUGAAUGUGUUGGACUGCGGUUGACUAUUCGUAUUGUACGGCGGGUUGUUGACGUGUCCGGAUAGGUCCGGGGCGUGACACUCACCUUCCUCAUGAUCUGAUCAAAUAUAUCUUCCAUGCCUGAUUGUUGGGCUCGAAUAGACUAAAAGAUGUCAAUCUUUAGCCUAUAUAAAGCCCCCAAUUCAUCAAACAAGAUCAUC